AUGUGGACCAAAACUCCGCUGUUAUAUUCUGAAAGCAUUUCCUCUCGUUUGGGCUGCAAUGUUUUUUUGAAACUAGAGACCCUUCAGCCCACAUUGAACUUCAAGCAGCGCUCACAAACCAAGUUUGCAAAGCAGCAAUUCGAAAAACAUGGUUCUUCUCUUCAUCUCGUGAUGGCAUCUGGUGGAAAUGCUGCAUUUGCAUUGGCAUAUGCAGCUCACACUCUGGGAGUCAAGUGUACCGUAUUCAUACCUAGGGAGGCCGGGAAGAAGAUCGCAUUAGAUGCUUUGCGACGUUGGGGAACUGAGACCAUUGUGGAUGGUGACUGUUACCAAGACGCCCUUUCCAGAGCGCAUGAGUUCGCCUCUAAGCACGAGAAUGCAGUCAUGGGAUCGCCAUAUGAAUACCCUGUACUCUGGGAAGGGGUCUCUACCAUGGUUGAUGAGAUUGCCGAGCAGUUACCUUCUGAUGCAUCGCCUCCUGCCGCUAUCCUAUGCAGUGUUGGUGGUGGGAGCUUGCUUGGGGGAAUGCUAUUGGGAUGCAAUCGGCACGGAUGGGAAAAUACUCGUAUCAUCGCCGUGGAGACUCAGGGUGCAGAGAGCACAUACUCCUCCAUCAUGGCGGCGGAAGGAUCCCCAGACUCACUGGGUUGGGACAGAAAUAUUCAGACUCAUGUGGACGAAGAGACCGGUGUAACCGUUGCCACUCUAGCAAAAGUGACAACUCGUGCCACCUCCUUGGGCUCCGUCAUCACUGCUCCCGGCGUUCUAAAGAUGGCGCUCGAUCGUCGUGCAAAGGGCAAGGGUAAAUAUGAAGGCGGUCUGACAACCGUUAGUAUCCCUGACGAGUUGGCAAUGCUUUCUGGGUUGAGCUUCCUUGACGAGCAUAAGAUAAUGGUUGAAUUAGCUUCGUCUGCGACGCUGUCCCCAAUAUACUCCCCACAACUCUUCCGCGAAAUCUUUGGCGUUAGCACGACGGCGAACAGACUAGAAGAGAAACCCAAGACGCUGGUGUUCAUUGUCUGUGGCGGAUUCAAGAUCACCGCAAGUGAGAUGGAAACCUACAGGAAGGAACUUGAGGCUGGUGGCGUUGACGGCAAGCUGGCUUUCGUGGAUGGUAUGAGGGUAGAUCUGUGA